GUGGUGGUGCGGUCGUGCGGCCUUGACCGGGAGCGAUAUUCAGAGCCGAGAUUCCUGCAUUCCGUGUUAUUUCCCGUGUUUCUCCGUUUGUAAUCCGGUCCACAUUCACUAGCAAGCAGGCAAUCGCACACAAGCAGUGUCGUUCCAAUGUCGUGGCUGUUCGGUUACAAGAGCCAGGUGCCCCAGGGCGGUCCGCCGCCUCCCGGUGGGGAAGGUGGUGAUGCUGCAGGUUCGCCGGCCUCGGCUGGCCAAGCGGCCGGCGACCAGAACCUGACCAAGGCUGAGCGGAAAGCGAUGGAGGCGUAUCGGUUCGAUUCUUCGGCGCUGGAACGCGCUGCGGAAGCGGCGAGGACGUUGGAACGGUCGAAGCAUGCCCGCGAAGCGUUGGAGUUGUCCAAGCUGCAGGAAGGGACCCGCCAGCAGGAGUACAUGGCCAAGGUUAAGGAGUACGAGGCUCACAUCGAGCAGUCCAAGGUGGAACAGAAGCGCGUUGACCACGAGGAGCGCCGUAAGACGUUGGCCGAGGAGACGAAACAGCAGCAGCAGCGUGCCCAGUACCAGGAUCAGCUGGCGAGGAAGCGAUACGAGGAGCAGUUGGCCCAGCAGCAGCGAGUUCAGGAGGAGAACCUCCGGAAGCAGGAGGAAAGUGUAGCGAAACAGGAAGCGAUGCGUCGGAAGACGGUUGAGCAUGAAAUGGAGCUGCGCGAGAAGAACAAGAUGAAGCUGCUGGAGGCCGAGCUGCGGGCCAAGGCGAAGGUUGAUCGCGAGAACCGGGACUUGACGCUGGAGCAGAUUCGACUGAAGGCGGAAGAGAAUCGAGUUACCGUUAUGGAGAGCAUUAAAACCGCUGGAUCCGUGCUGGGUCAAGGAGCCACCGCGCUGUUGACGGACUGGAACAAGGUCGCUACGACUGUUGGUGGAUUGUCGCUGCUGGCGCUGGGAGUGUACUCGGCCAAGGGUGCCACCGGCGUUGCCUCCCGGUUUGUCGAAGCUAGAAUCGGCAAACCAUCGCUGGUGAACGAAACAUCGCGGUUUUCACUCCUGGAAGCCGUUCGCCACCCGAUCGACACGCUCAAACGGCUCAAGCCCAAACCCACCGAUGCCCUGCAAGGUGUUGUUCUGCAGCCGAAGUUGGAGGAACGUCUGCGAGACAUUGCCAUCGCUACGAAAAACACCAAGAACAACAAGGGUCUGUACCGGAACAUUCUGAUGCACGGACCGCCCGGAACCGGUAAGACCAUGUUCGCGAAGAAGCUCGCAUCUCACUCCGGCAUGGAUUACGCAAUCAUGACCGGCGGUGACGUUGGCCCGAUGGGACGGGAUGCCGUCACUGCCCUGCACAAGGUGUUCGAUUGGGCCAACACGAGCCGCCGCGGGCUGCUCCUGUUCAUCGAUGAAGCGGACGCCUUCCUGCGCAAACGCUCGUCCGAGCAAAUCUCCGAAGACAUGCGAUCCGCCCUGAACGCCUUCCUGUACCGCACCGGCGAGCAGAACCCGCGCUUCAUGCUGGUGCUCGCCUCCAACACGCCCGAACAGUUCGAUUACGCCAUCAACGAUCGGCUGGACGAGAUGGUCGAGUUUACGCUGCCCGGACUGGAGGAACGCGAACGGUUAAUCCGGCUGUACUUUGACAAGUUUGUGCUGCAGCCGGCCGCCGAGGGAAAGAAACGCUUCAAGGUCGAACAGUGGGACUACAGCGCCGUCUGCAGCCGGAUGGCCAAGCUGUGCGAGGGCAUGUCCGGGCGCGAGAUCUCCAAGCUGGGCGUGUCCUGGCAGGCGGCCUGCUACUCGUCCGAGGCGGGCGUCCUCACCGAGCAGAUGGUGCUGGACCGGUGCGAGGCGUCCGUGCGGCAACACAAGCAAAAGAUGGCCUGGCUGUCGGAGCAGGAAAAGCUCGACCACAAAUCCAUCACCGGCGGCAAGGGCUUCCUGCCGCAGCAGAACUAAGAGCAUCGUUAGUGUGUAAGAGAGAGAGAGCAAAUUCAGCGAACCUGCCGUCGCGGGAGAAACCCAGAAAGGUAGGACCCGACUGAGAUUGUUAUUGUUUUCACGAGGUGUCCAUGCCUCCCGGGCCCGCGUGGGCGUGGUUUGAUUGGAACGGAUUUCCGCUUUUAUUUUAUUAUUUGAGAGUGGCGCCAUCGUGACCGUUCGCCUCAGGGAAAUUUAUAUUAAACUUCUUGGAACGGGCGCCGCGGACGACGACUUGCUUUCGGUUUGUACCAGGCCCAUGAACAACCAUGUUUAAUGCAUUUAGCAUCAUUUUGCAUUAACGGUGAACUCGAAUGUGUUCAAAAUAGGCAUUCUACAGUGCGAUUCGUGCACGUUUAUUAUCUGCACUAGCGUUCGUUUUGUGUACAUGUAUCUGGAGAAAGAAAAAAUCGACGAAUGUAUAGAUUGGGGAAAUGAAAUUAGAUUUAGAUUGAAAAGUUAUCAAAAUAUUAAAACCAAUUAAUUAAUAUAUAAA